AUGCAUGAAUUGGAUAAGGAUCCCCCACCUCAAGUUACACCGAUAGAAAAUGUUGUUCCACUACCAGUUGAUUCAUCCAAUGACUUGACAACUACCAUCACUGAUGUUUCCAAUGAUUUGACCAACACUACCACUGAUACAUCAAAUGAUGAAUCUGUGAAAGCGGAAGAAUCAACUGAUAAUUCUGUGAAGACUUCAAUCGAAGUUCAAAAUGUGGAGGUUGUGGAACCUGAAAAUGAGCCCAACGCAGAAAUAAAUAGCUCUCCGAUUUCUUCCAAAGCUGAAGAAAAUGAUGAUUCUUCGGAGAAGGGUUCAACAAAGAAAGAAAACUCUGCUGCUCAUCCUGCCAGAUCCCGGCAAUUAGUGCGUGGUCUUGCUCUUUGCGGGGACGACGACACGAAACUGAGUAAGCCUCCUCCAGCAACUCUACAAAAGCUCUCCGAUUCGCAGAGCAAAGACUCUUCCGUCACAGAUGGAGAUUGUGGAGGAGACCUUAAGGCUUUCUUAGCUAACACUCUUCAUAAAAAUCCAAGAGAUCGAAAAACCAUUUUGAACUUGGAGAAAGAGCUAAGAGAAUUUAUAGAGUGUUCGAACGAAAGAGCUUAUAAAUUUCCUCCCAUGUCCUCUUACAACCGAAUGCUUUUACAUCGCAUCGCUGCUGUGUUCGGUUUGGACCAUAAUGUAGAUAACAGUGGUAAAUGUAUAGUGGUGAACAAAACGGCCAAAACUUCAAUACCUGAUUUCAACUUUUCAAGUUUUAUAACUCAUAACUUCUAUAGUGAUACUAAACAAAGGAGUUUUGAAAACCCAAACGAGGUUCCGGGAAUGAACUAUCUUGGAUAUGAUGUGUACUUGCGCAGAGCUCUAUCAUACGACACUCCUAACUAUGUUCCUAGUGCAGGUAGUUGGGUACAACAACCCAGCAAUCACUCCACAGAAGCGAUCCCUACUGAAAUUGAUGGAUGGGGAGACCGUACCCUUUGUAUGAAAAAAGCAGAAAGCUUUGGAGGAGUAUCCACCUAUGCUUACCAGGGAUCUGUAGACUCUUUAGCACCAUCUGUGCGAUAUCCUUCAAAUGGAUCAGGAACUCAGAAUUCUCAAGCCGAUCCUUCUGAAGAAUUGGUAGAAAACUUGGGCGCGACUCAGUUAGACAUGAUGAACUUGUCACCAAGAUAUCAGAGAACAUCUGCUCCUCCCCAGAUCAGAGAAGCCACUUAUGAUGUUCCUUAUCAUCAGCGAGUUUACGUACCUACACCUGUCGUUCCGCCUAAUCAAAUAUACCAAGCCGUUCCGAACAAUAUGCCACUGAAUCUGGCUGUUCAUCGAAUCCAACAUCCAGCACAGAUGCGUUUUAACCAAUGGAAUGCGAUUCCAUACAUGAUACCACGUCAGUACGUGGAAAGUGUGGAUUUGCAUCCUAUGCAAUCGCAAUACACUCAUGGACCUGGGGGACUCCUACUACAAAGACCAAUGCCCAACCCCUAUUACCAAGCGCCACAUGCAGUACAAUCCCAUCCACCGGCAUACGAUUCAAGGAGCUUUGUAAAUAUGCCAAUCAGUAGCUCUAGAAGUCAACAAGGUUUGGUAGCAAGUGUAGAUGGAGGCUAUGGAAGCAUGACUCAGGAGAGUUGUAGAGAUUCUCAAAUAACUCAAGAUUGA